AAUAUAUAUUACAUUAGCAGCUAUUGAUGAAUUAGUUAAAAGACGAAAAAAUGAUGUUAAUAUUAAUAAUUUUAAUGAUACAUUUUGUAUUAAUAUUCGAUGUUUAUUAUGUAAUUUAUUAACAUAUGCUACUUCUGAAUAUGUUAAAUAUAGUGGAUGGAAUUUAAAAAAAUUAAAAGAUACUGUUAGAGCAUUAUUAUGUAGGUUAUUAAAUAAAAUUGUUAUUAAAGCAACAGAAUCAUUACAUAAUAAUCAAACAAAAUUAAAACAAGAAGAUUAUAACGAAUAUCUUAUGAAAAUGCAUAAAAUAUAUUAUCUCUAUUAUGAGAAAUUAGUUCGCUAUUGUAAAUAUAUACACGAUACAAAUGAACAAAUAGAUGAUGAUAAAAUUGAAAUGUUAAAAGUAUUGAGUAAAUUUAAUAAUCGUGUUGGUAGUAUUCAUCAAUUAUUUAAACAUGAUUUUGAAAUGUUUACUUGA